UUCGAAGGCCAACGGUAAACAUCAACACACGCGCAAUGUUCGGCAUUCAGCCACUGAGCAGUGGAAGGUUGUUGUCAUUUGGAUUGAGAGGACCUGCUAAGGGCAUCAUCUCACCGCCAUUUCUCGCAAACUAUGGCCAUUCAUGGGGUCUGUCCCAACACGCUUCGCAGGCAUCAGCUCGUCCAAUGAGGGCGCCUGCUGGUCGUUUGUUCUCCUCCUCAUCAUUCAUUGGUUAUAGACGCAGUCGUUUUGAUUUCGACCCUCCUCGCUUCAACAGAGGCCCCUCUAACGGGAUCUUCUCGCUGGUUCCAGAUGCGAUGAAGACCAUGCUUGCCGUUGUGGGAGGAUGUGCGUUUCUGAUGGUUUUUGGUCCCUUGUUCUUCAUCGUUGUCCCGCCGUUGUUCCUAGGUGGGUUCUUCCUGGUGAGACACAACCUGAGAAAGAGAAGCAAAGGCAUGUCGGAGCGCUGGGAAAGGCUCGAAACCUCACAGUUGAAGUUCAAAGGCACUGAGAUGGACACUGACCACCUGGAGAAGUGGACCAAAGACAGAGUUGCCAUUGCGCUCGAGAGAAACGAGCAUGACAUUGUCAACAACAUGGGACUUGACGUUGAAGGCUCACACCGAGACUUCCUCUCCAGGUUGAGCCUGACGGGGCCUGAAAGCAUCGACCAAGACAUCCGUAUGAACGACCGCAUCAGAGCACCACAGAGAAUCACCGUAAUAACGUACGGGCUCGAAGACCUGGACUCUGGCUCGAGACUCACGAAAGUCGGCACCGUGACUGUAUCACUGCUACAGCACAGCAUCGCUGAUCUCCUGGACAUCAACAGCGUCACCCAGAAUGCCAUCAUCGAGGUUCAACCACUCUCGAUCUUCAAGAGAGCCACGGUGCUGGACACACAGGACUCCUACUCCAGCAGUCCAUUCCUUGAUAUUAAGGCCAACAGAACAACGAGAAGAUGAGGCCACGGUCUGUAUAUAUGCACAUCGAGGUGUAUAACAUCAAGAUAUAACACCAAUAUAUAACACCAAUAUAUAACACCAACACAAGUUGAUCCUUAGUGCUUGGUCCCUUUGCUGGGAACUCAUCUAAGC